CCUCAUUCCUUAGUUCGUUAUUUUCUUGUGGGGGGGUUUUGUAGGGGUUUUCUGCUACUUGUUUCAUUCAACUAUCCAAUUUCUUUGUAAAAGAAAGAUAGCAAGAAUAGACUGAGGGAUUGAAAGAAAGAGAUGGGUUCUCUACAAGAUGUGUUAGGGAGAGGAAAAGACAAGGGAGAAGAGGUUGAGGAAGAGGCAAUAUUGAAGCAGCAAAACCAAAGGUUUCACAUGUUUCCCAUUAAGUAUCAGCCCCUUUGGUAGAUGUACAAGAAGGCUAAAAGCCAGUUUCUGGACCGAUAAUUCCCUUUCUUUUGUUUUAUAUCUCAUAAAGUUUGCCCUUUUUUUGGUUUUAGUUCUUGUUUCAUUAUUUUUUUUUUCUUUUUUGGGUUUUUGUUGCUGUGUUUAUGUGUUCUAAACUGGUUAUGGUCAUAGUAAUUUCUUAUAUUUACAGGAAAGGAAUGGAAUUUUUAGUUAAUUCAUAGUUUGGGAUUGAAUAUGGAGCAUUAUUGAAAGUGGGUUCUUAUAUUUGCAUCUUAAAGUUGUAUUCAGUGCAUUAUAUUAUUGCAUUGAUGUUAACAUCGUUACAAGUAUGUUUACAGGUGUUGCAAGUUGAGAUUUUGAAUUUUGGGUUUUUCUUGUUUUUAUUCCAAAAUGAUUGUUGCUAUUGGGGGCUCUCAAACGCUUGUCUUAGAUCAAUUUUAGAAUUUCUUAGUGUUCUUUUUUAUUUUGCGAUUUCUCUGAUUUUGGAAUAAACUUGGAUUCGAUUGAUUUUGUUUGCGUAGUAUGCUCAUAGUGGAAACUUCAAGGAUUGGAUAUAUGUUGGGGAGUGGAAAUGCCAUUGAUUUUGUGGUUAGACUUGUGUUGGAACUAUGACGGUUGCUAACUCCUUGAAUCAGGUACGAUGUUUUACUCUUUACUGACUUGUUAUUUGCUAUCUUGGAACCUUUGGUUGUCAUGCUCUAGAGUAAGUUCUCAUAUGCUUUCUCAGCUUCUUGCUUGACCUCUACUUAAGUAUAAUCAUAUAAAUGUAAUGCUUGUUUUCCUUACAAUAUGGAGUUACUUCAUAGAUGAAGUCUUAGGCAUCCCUCCUUAGAGAUAGCCAAGCAUGAACCAUAAGCAUAUAAACUUCCUGUGACAAU